UGUUCUGCUAUUAAAGAGUUUCUUUAUGGUUGGUUUCUCUAUUUUCCCCUCUUUUCUUUUCCAUUGACUUGACUGAUCGAUCACUCUAAGUCAGAUUCCUCAUCGAUCCCAUUGUCUAGUCUUUUUUUGCAUCUUUUUUCAUCGUUUUUACCACUAUUUCUUUUGGGUUUUCUUCAAUCUCUCUGUUUUCGAUUUCUUCUCUUGCAAUAUGGCUUCUGAUCUUAUCAUCCUCUGCUUUCUCCUUCUGGGUCUCUCUUUUUCGCCUGUAAUUUCCACUAAUUCUGAAGGAAAUGCUCUACAUGCUCUUAGGAGAAGGCUGUCUGAUCCCACUAAUGUGCUGCAGAGUUGGGACCCUACGCUGGUUAAUCCUUGCACUUGGUUUCAUGUAACCUGUGAUUCUGAAAACCAUGUGAUACGCUUGGAUUUGGGAAACUCGAACAUUUCCGGGACUUUGGGGCCUGAAAUUGGUGACCUCCAGCAUCUUCAAUAUCUGGAGCUCUACAGGAAUGGGAUAAGUGGAAAAAUCCCCACUGAGAUAGGUAAUUUGAGAAACCUCGUAAGCAUGGAUUUGUACGAGAACAAAUUUGAAGGAAAGAUUCCAAAAUCUUUGGCCAAACUCAAGUCACUUAGAUUUCUACGGAUGAACAACAACAAGUUAACAGGCAUGAUUCCAAGGGAACUUUCAUCACUCUCUAAACUCAAAAUUUUUGAUGUCUCAAACAAUGAUCUCUGUGGAACAAUCCCUGUUGAUGGACCAUUUGCUGAUUUCUCGAUGGAAAGUUACGAAAACAACAGGCUGAGUGGCCCCGAGUUGCAAGGACUUGUACCAUAUGACUUUGGAUGCUGAACUGAGCUCGAGCUCGUCGAUCCUUAGAAUCAAACAGCAUGGCUUGGAAAGUAUAAGGUUCAUGUCAAAAUUAUUGCCUCUGAUCAUAUAGGAAGAUAAGAAUGUAUGAGCUUCUCAACGAGAACUAACGAGAAUCAAUUAUAUCCUAUAGUCGUCCAACUUUGUUAGUUCUGUUUUCCCAUUUGUUGGGAUGAAGAUUGUUCCAUAUCAGUAGUAGUUCAACUUCAAGCUUUCAAGUUCAAAA